AUAUGAGUCAUUCAUUUGUAAAUUAUAUGACAAGCAUUUGAAAGGUUUCAUUCAAUUCAACUAGAGAUGGCUUCUUGCAAUAUUGCUCUCCAUGCAAUAGGAAUCACUUUCUUACUCCAAAUAAUCACUUCUGUAAAGCCACUCUCAUUUCAUUACAACCAAAGCUUUAAAUAUGAUGAUGUGAAGCUAGAAGGAGAUGCUUCUUUGUUAUAUCCAUACAUCCAACUCACAGCAACCUCAAGGUACCAAAGCAACGCUUACAGCGUCGGUCGAGUAACGUCAUUCGAGCCAGUGCAACUUUGGGACAGAACCUCAAGAAAACUCACUGAUUUCACCACACAAUUUUCCUUUACAAUUUUCUCAAAUGAAACUGGUUUUGGAGAUGGAUUAGCAUUUUUCUUUGCAGAUCCAAAACUUCCACUUCAUAACCAUAUUCAACAAGGUGGUGGACUUGGUCUUGUGAAUGAUGACCAAAUAAUGAACUCUACUGAAUAUUCAUUUGUAGCAGUGGAGUUUGACACUCACCAAAAUUCUUGGGAUCCAUCAGGUACACAUGUAGGUAUAAAUUUCAACUCUAUGAAAUCUCAAAUAACUAAACCAUGGUUUAUUGAUAUUAGGAAUAAGAAGACUUAUUAUUGUAAAAUUGAGUACAAUUCAAGUGCUCAUAAUUUGAAAGUUUCUUUCACUGGAAACAUAAUCAAUGGUAAGCCUAUUAAAAAAAGUUACCUCUCAUACAAUGUUGAUUUGAGAGAUUACUUACCUGAUAAGGUUAUUUUUGGAUUCUCAGCUGCUACAGGAUAUAUGUUUGAAAUGAAUACAUUAAAAUCAUGGUCAUUUAAUUCAACUUUACAAAGUCAUCAUGAUAAUAUACCUCAAAUAGCAAAUCCUGCUCCUUCACCAAUUAAAAUUAGCCCUAAAAUAGAUAGCAACAAAGGUACUAUAUGGAUUGGUCUAGGAGUUGGUGUAGUUGUUGCAUCAAGUUUCCUUAUUUUAGGAUGGUUUUGUAUUUUAAUGUGGAAAAGGGCUAAAAUGAAAAAAGAAGAUUCAACUUUUGACCUAAAAAUGGAUGAUGAGUUCCAAAAGGGAACAGGACCAAAAAGGUUUUGUUACAAUAAAUUGGCGAGUGCAACGAAUAACUUUGAAGAAUCACAAAAGAUUGGACAAGGUGGUUUUGGUGUUGUUUAUAAAGGCUAUUUAAAAGACAUAGAUUCAAAUGUUGCUAUAAAGAGAAUAUCAAGAGAAUCCAAACAAGGAAUAAAGGAAUAUGCAACUGAGGUGAAAAUCAUUAGCCAACUAAGGCAUAGAAAUUUAGUACAACUAAUUGGUUGGUGUCAUAGAAAAAAAGACUUACUCCUUAUAUAUGAAUUCAUGCAAAAUGGUAGCUUAGAUUCACACUUAUAUCGCGGAAAAAGCGUAUUAACAUGGCAUAUGAGGUACAACAUUGCAAUGGAUUUAGCUUCAGCGUUGUUGUAUCUUCAUGAAGAAUGGGAACAAUGCGUGCUACAUAGAGACAUUAAAUCAAGCAACAUUAUGUUGGACUCAAAUUUCAAUGCUAAAGUUGGCGAUUUCGGGUUGGCAAGACUAGUUGAUCAUGAAAAAGGCUCACAAACAACGGUUAUAGCUGGUACAAUGGGAUAUUUAGCACCUGAAUAUUUCACAACAGGUAAAGCUACUAAGGAAUCUGAUAUAUAUAGUUUUGGAAUUGUUUCAUUGGAGUUAGUUAGCGGAAGAAAACCAGUUGAUCUUAAUGCAAAGGAAGACCAAAUGGCUAUAUAUGAUUGGGUUUGGGAACUUUAUAGAUUAGGAAGGUUUGUUGAAGUUGUUGAUACAAAACUUGGGGGUGUGUUUGAUGAGAUGAAAAUGGAACGUUUAGUUGUUGUUGGUCUUUGGUGUGCUAAUCCUAAUUAUUCAUUAAGGCCAAGUGUUAGACAACUGAUUCAAGUGCUUAAAUUUGAAGCUGCUUUACCAAUUCUACCCCUGCAGAAGAUGAAUGAUUCAAGUUAUUAUGCUCCUACAAAAAUGAACACAGUUUUUGGUCCAGUUUCUUCUUCCUCUGCAGUUUAUUCAUACCCGAUCUGUGUCUAG